AUGGUGUCCAAGACUCUUGGACUAAAAUUCUUGUCCUUGAAAACUUGUAUCCUAGGGAUAGAAAUAAAGAGACUCGAGAAAACUAGAGUUACUUUGCCUUGGCAGGAGUUUGUUGCAAUUGCUUACAGCUCAUGCCUUGUUUCACUCUGUGAUGUUGCCAAAGGAGAGGAGGUGAAAAGGCUAAAAGCUUUAUAA